AUGCUCUCGAGUACGAUUACACGUCCACUGCAGCUCGUCACCCGAGUGAUGCAGUGGUCUAGCGCUGUCAUUGUGAUGGGUAUCACUUCCUACUUCAUCAACAAGGGUCCCCGUGGAUUGUCUAUCACAUAUCAAGAAAUCAUUUCUACCAUAUCGGUCGUGUUCUUCCUGCCAGGCUUUGUCUCACCGUUCAUGCCCACGGCUCUUGGCAAAUUCGUUCUGGGGAUUGAUGUCGUCUUCUCGUAUCUGUGGCUCACCGCAUUCAUCUUCGCUGCCCAAGACUACAACCGCAACAACUGCCUCCUCAACGCUCCCCCAGGAAUCACCUGCUCCAAGAAGAGGGCCAACGAAGCAUUCAUCUUCCUGACCUUCAUCUUCACCUUCUUCGGCAUGUUCCUCGAGGUCCUCGGUCUCUGGGCCUACCGUCGCGAGAACGUCCCAGUCCGCGAGAAGACUGGCGGUGCUCACGGCGGUCCCGCCGAUGCCCCGGUCGCGACGGCAUAA